AUCGCGCUCCAGCCAGAAAUUGCCGCUCACUUGCCUCCGCACCCCCUUACAUUUUCCCUUUUCUUCCUCUCCCAAGUUCCUCACUGAAAGAGAAAAGGGAAACAUGGUUAGCAAAGCGGCGUCGUUUUUCCUCUACUUCACCUUCGCCUCGUUCCUCUCUCCAGCUAAAUCCACCACACUCGAGCCUCAAGCUCUCGAUUCCUUUAAUGUCAGCUACAUCCAGAAUCUAGGGCUUUGUUCUUACACGGUGAUAAUCACAACGAGCUGCUCCUCCCCCCGAUACACACGAGACCAGAUUAGUCUAGCAUUCGGCGACGCUUAUGGCAAUCAGAUUUACGUGCCGAGGCUAGACAAUCCAUCGUCUAGGGCAUUCGAGGGAUGCUCUUCUGAUACGUUUCACCUAAGAGGGCCCUGCGCCUAUCAAAUCUGCUAUGUGUAUUUGUACAGAUCGGGUCCCGACGGUUGGAUGCCCGGGACGGUGAAGAUCUACAGCUAUAAUUCCAGGGCGGUCACUUUCAAUUACAACCGGUUUCUUCCUGGUGAUAUUUGGUACGGAUUCAAUUACUGCAAUGCGGCGUCGUUUUCUCAGCGUAAGGAAAUAUCUCGAACAUGGUUCGUACUUCUGGUUUUGGGUUCGAUUCUCUGUGCUCUCUCGUGAAUUGUAAGAUUAUCUUUGUUUGUCGGCAUCCAUUGUUUGCAGCAGUGGUUUUCUUAAGUCUCUUGGUAAAUAAGAACACGGUAGAUCUUGUACCCUAUAAUAAUUAAGUUACUAUAUAAGAUGUGUCUCGUUUAGAAGAUAAAA